AGAAAUUGAAAUUUGCGUAUAAAUAGUGUGUUCGUCAAGAAAUCUGUAUCAAUUAAAUUUCGCUUCAGACGAAAACACAUACAAAUCUUAUCAAAAUGAAAUUCGUAAUUUUGGGACUUGCUCUUAUUGCCGCUGCAUCAGCCAGCCCAAUUGGAUCACUUCUUGCUGCUCCAGCUCUCGGUGCUACAAUUGCUCCAGCUAUUAGUGCUUCCGUUUCUCCAUUGGUUGGUGCUUCUGUUGCUCCAUGGAUUGGUGCUUCUGUUGCUCCAGCUCUUGCAACCCGUAUUGCUAGUCCACUUGCCGCCGCCUCCAUUGCCAGCCCUCUUCUCGGUGCCUCAAUUGCUGCUCCAGCUUCAGUCAUUGCUGCUCCAGCCAUUGCAUCAUCAAUCGCUACUCCACUUUCAGCUGGCAUCGCUCCAAUUGGUCUUAAUGCUGGAAUUCUCGGUCAAGGCAUUGUUCCAUCCGCUCUUUCUGCUGGAAUCCUGGGACAAAACAUCAUUGCCGCUCCAGCUGUAGGUUCAUUGCCACUUGGACUUAAUGGUUUGGGUGCUCCUAUCUUGUGGAAAAAACGUGCUUAAAUUAUAACUUAAGUUAGGACUGACUGAAAAAGGAAUAAACUAAUUUGAUAUUCGAAGUAUA